ACUACCCGGCAUGCACUUCGUCGUCGCCAUUUUUCUUGUUGUGUUGUGCUGCUGGGAGUUAUACCUUCGUAGCUCUUAAUAAAAUCAGUCUAUUUCAGAAUUGAAUUUACCUUUUUGUUGUUUGUGGAAUACAUAAUCUUAUUAGAGAGCGUUAGGAGCAGAAAGAGCAACAUGGCGCAGUACAAAGGAGCCGCCAGUGAGGCCGGCAGAGCCAUGCAGCUGAUGAAGAAACGAGAAAAAGAAAGAUCACAGCUCGAGCAGCUAAAACUGAAAAUUGCCGAGGACAACAUGGUGAAGUCUAACAUCGAUAAGAAAUUCUCCGCUCACUAUGAUGCUGUGGAGGCAGAGCUCAAGUCCAGCACAGUUGGUCUGGUGACAUUGAAUGACAUGAAGGCCAGGCAGGAGGCGCUGGUGAAGGAGAGAGAGAAACAGCUGGCCAAGAAGGAGCAGUCCAAGGAGCUCAUGCUCAAGCUGGAGAAGCAGAAAGAGAAGAAGAGGAAGGAGGAACAGAAGAGGAAAAUCGCCAGUUUAUCGUUUAAUCCCGAAGACGAAGGAGAAGAAGAAGAGGAGGAGGAAGAGGAAGAAGAGGAUGAUUAUCCAACAAAGAAGAAGAAGCUGGGGAAAAAUCCAGAUGUGGACACGAGCUUCCUUCCUGAUCGAGACAGAGAGGAGGAGGAGAAUCGCCUCAGAGAGGAACUCCGGCAGGAGUGGGAGCUCAAACAGGAGAAGAUCAAGAGCGAGGAAAUCGAGAUCACAUUCAGCUACUGGGACGGCUCAGGGCAUCGUAAGACUGUCAAGAUGAAAAAGGGAAAUACCAUCCAGAACUUCCUGCAGAGGGCCCUGGAGGUCCUCAGAAAGGACUUCAGUGAGCUCAGGUCUGCUGGAGUAGAGCAGCUAAUGUACAUCAAAGAAGAUCUGAUUAUACCACAUCACCACAGUUUCUACGACUUCAUCGUAACCAAAGCCAGAGGCAAAUCUGGUCCUCUGUUCAGCUUCGACGUCCACGAUGAUAUCCGCCUGGUGAACGACGCCACCGUUGAGAAAGAUGAGUCUCACGCUGGUAAAGUGGUGCUGAGGAGCUGGUAUGAGAAGAACAAACACAUCUUCCCUGCGAGUCGCUGGGAGCCGUACGAUCCUGAGAAGAAAUGGGACAAAUAUACGAUCCGGUGAAACAGCUGUCCUCUUCACUCUGUGGAAUCCUUCAUGCAGAUUUUUCUUCUGUUACGUUCCAUGUUAUUUUACUCAUUUAAUCAAUGCUUUAUCAAGAUGUGAUAAACUAUUGAUUCAUGACUUGACUUUGAAAUACUAGAUUUCCCAGAUGUAUUUGAAUUGCAAAUGUUUCCUGUGAAAACAUUCAUGUGUGUAUAGCUCAUUAACAUGAUAAUAAACAUAGCCUUGGUAUGACUCGGUUAACUGAAAGAUUCA